UAAAAAAACAUCUUCCCGUCCACCGCCGUCUUCAUCUCAGAGCUGUGCCAUUCACCAAGCUUCCUCCUCCGCCGCUGAAGUGGCCCUAUCCCCUCUCCCUCUCUCUUUCACCGUUCAACAUUCUCACCAUAUAUUGUUUUUUCGUAGCUAAUAGAAUUCUCCACAAUGGAUCUACUCAACCAAUACUCCGACAACAACGAUCCCGACUCCCCAAUUCAAAACCCUAACUCACCGGAAAACUCCUCCCCACCCCGCCUCCUCCCUUCCCGCUCCGCCGCACCCAAAGUCGACGACACCAUGCUCGCCCUCACCGUCGCCGACCCUAAAACCCUAUCAAAACCCAUCGAUCCAACUCAACACGCCGUCGGUUUCAACCCUACUUACGACCAGCUCUGGGCCCCCAUCCAAGGUCCCUCCCAUCCUUACGCUAAAGAUGGUUUAGCACAAGGUAUGCGAAACCAUAAGCUAGGUUUCGUCGAAGAUGCCAACAUUGAACCCUUUCUCUUCGAUGAACAGCAUAACACUUUUCUGAAAUUCGGUUACGCUGCUGACCCCUCUGCCUCGAAUUACAUUGGGGAUUUUGAUGCUUUGCAGAAGAAUAAUGCUGCUUCUGUUUACAAUAUGCCUCACCGCGAGCAAAAGAAGAGGAGAAUCGAAGCGUUGAAGAAGAAGGAAGAGAAUGACGAGGAAGAAGACGAUAACAACGCCGGCGAAGAAGGCGUUCAGAGUGAAAACCCGGCUUCCGAGGCGUGGUUGUUGAAGAAUAAGAAGAGUCCUUGGGCUGGAAAGAAGGAAGGUUUGCAAGGAGAGUUAACAGAGGAUCAGAAGAAGUACGCGGAGGAGUAUGCUAAGAAGAAAGGUGAAGAGAAGAGUGGUUUUGGUGGUGAAAAGGUUGAGGCUGUUAAAGAUAAGAGUACUUUUCAUGGGAAAGAGGAAAGGGAUUAUCAAGGGAGGUCUUGGAUUGCGCCUCCUAAAGAUGCGAAAGCGAGUAAUGAUCAUUGUUAUAUACCGAAGAGAUUGGUUCAUACUUGGAGUGGACACACGAAAGGGGUUUCUGCGAUUCGGUUUUUUCCCAAGGCUGGUCAUUUGAUUCUCUCUGCUGGGAUGGAUACUAAGGUUAAGAUUUGGGAUGUUUUCAAUACUGGAAAAUGUAUGAGAACUUACAUGGGACACUCUAAAGCUGUUAGGGAUAUUUGUUUCACCAAUGAUGGAACCAAGUUUCUGAGUGCUGGUUACGACAAGAAUAUCAAGUAUUGGGAUACCGAAACGGGACAAGUCAUUUCCACUUUCUCCACUGGGAAGAUCCCUUAUGUUGUGAAGCUUAACCCAGAUGAGGAUAAGCAGAAUGUUUUGUUGGCUGGUAUGAGUGAUAAGAAGAUUGUUCAGUGGGAUAUGAAUACAGGGCAGAUCACUCAAGAGUAUGAUCAGCAUUUAGGGGCUGUGAAUACCAUUACUUUUGUUGAUAACAAUAGGAGAUUUGUUACUUCUAGUGAUGACAAGUCCCUCAGAGUAUGGGAAUAUGGUAUUCCUGUGGUUAUAAAAUAUAUUAGUGAGCCACACAUGCAUUCUAUGCCUUCUAUUUCGCUUCACCCCAACGCCAACUGGCUUGCCACGCAGAGUUUGGAUAAUCAGAUACUUAUUUAUAGCACGAGGGAGAAGUUUCAACUUAACAAAAAGAAGAGGUUUGCUGGACAUAUUGUUGCUGGAUAUGCCUGUCAGGUCAAUUUUUCUCCGGAUGGACGCUUUGUCAUGUCGGGAGAUGGUGAGGGUAAGUGUUGGUUCUGGGAUUGGAAGAGUUGCAAAGUCUUUAGAACUCUCAAGUGUCAUGAAGGUGUCUGCAUUGGUUGUGAGUGGCAUCCUUUGGAACAGAGCAAAGUAGCAACAUGUGGCUGGGAUGGGUUGAUAAAGUACUGGGACUAGUUUCUUCUGUUCAUGAUGUCCGAUGCUGGAAUCAAGUAGCAGAAGCAGGGUAGAUAACACAGCUUGAAGACCAAAGGAGUAGCAACAUACUGGAUUCACAUGCUGACAUGGUCAUCCUUAGCUAAAUUUUCAAUGGCAUUACUCAAAUACUAUGAUGAGAUUUCUUUUACACUGAUCAAGACACUGUCGCCAAGCAUUACAUGCUAAUUGUAUUGUUGUGUUACCAUAAGAGAGUAUUUAUUUGGGAUGCUUUUAGACUUUUGUAUAAUAGUCAUUUAAGUUAGUUAUUCAACAGUUUGAAAAAAUCCCUCUCAUGUUGCUGUUUAA